GGUUUCCGGAAGUGGUGAGUCAGUGAUUGUUUUUCUUGUUUGAAUCUUAAUGUUUACUUGAUUUCGGCAAAAUGUAACAAAUUUAGACCAAACUUAGAGCCUUUAUGGAGUCGAGACCAUCGUUUAGUUCUUAAAGGCGAGACACAUACAGACAUAUUACACUUAAUCGAUAUACUUUCGAACCUUAACUUUCGAAUUAAAACCGGAAGUCACGCAGCUCAGCCUCGCUCUGCACUAAUGACUCUGCACGUGAGUUGCUUGUCCUUCCGGCAGCCUUUCGCGGGUUUUCUUCUCGAUGGGGUGAAGACGGUGGAAAGCCGUUGGAGGCCGCUGCUCGCUCCACUGCAGGGCCGCACCAUGGCGGUCCACAUCGCCUGGCGGGACUGGGACGGGGAUGAGUGGCGGGAUGUUCUGCGUGGUCGGCUGGGGAUGACCCACGAUGAUAUUCAGACUUUGAUGGAGUCCAUCGAAAGGUUUGGGCGGGGAGUGGUGGCAGGAUUGGUGGAUGUGGGCAGGACCUGGCAGUGCCCCGGCUCCCUGCAGGGGGAGGAGCUACAACAGCUGGAGCAGGCAGCCGUUCUGAUUGGACUACAGGGGAAACACCUGACUCACCUGACCAACCCUCGAUGGCUGAAGGCACCGCUGAUUGCCCAAGGAAGUCGGGACCUCUGGACAGUGGCCAUUCCGGCACACUUGUUGCCAUGACGACAGUGUAAGCUGGAAACUGAGCAACAUUUAGCAUCCAACCUUGUUAGCUGACGAGUUAGCUUAUUGAAAACCACCAGAGUAAACCAACUCUUUUCUGUCCCCCCCCCCC